CCCCCCGCCUCACCUGACGGUGGUCCACCUCUCCGGCCCUCUCCCCCGCCUCCCCCUCCACCAGUUCUCCUCCCCCUCUCCUCAUGUCCGCCUCCCCCUCUCCCUUCCCUGCUGCCCCCCCGGCCCUCACGGUCCAAACCCCCGCCACCGCCGGGCCCGAGGCCCACCCUGCCCGCCCCUCCUCCUCCCCAUGCCCCGCCCCCCUCUCCUUCUUCCCUCUGUCCCCUCGACCCUCGACCCCUCGACUCUCGACCCCAGCCCUCAUGCGACAGCGCUGGCCUCCCCCCCCCCCUCUCACCUCUCCCAUGCCCUCUCAUCUCACCACCUGCUCCUCCCCCCCCUUCCUCCCCCUCCCCCCCCCUCCUCCUCCUCCGUUACCUGCUCCAGCCUCAGGUCUUCACCUCCGUUCCUCUCUGCUCCCCCACUUAUUCCUUCUUCCUCUUCUCCUCCUCCUCCUCCUUUGACUCUCUCCCACUCGCCUCCCUCUCCUCCUCCCUGCUGCCCUCCGGGCUCAGAGGGGCCGGGGGGCUUCAGCGAGAGACUGUUGGGGAGCACCUCAGUGUGGAGGGUGAGCCAGCUGGACCCGGAGCAGGUCGCCAGAGGCCUGGAGAGGGAGGCCGCCGGGGUGUUCCUGGUCCACUGCAGAGGCGACCAGGCCACUUUGUUGUCAGUUCGCCUCCCUAAUGGACGAGGGGAGGCUGCCAUGCACAACAUACCAGUCAAGGAGUAUGGGAAAUUUCUGCAUCUAGAGGGUUCCUGCCUGCUUUUUGACAAUAUCAUCAAGCUAAUUUCAUUCUACUGUUUCAGCAGGGACAUCUUACCGGUCACUCUGCGGUUACCCAAGGUCAUCACCAUUGCAAAAAAAGAGGAACUCUCGGUGGUCUCUGCCAUGGCAAAAGAGUUCUGCACCAUGGCUCUCCCACUGCAUGACGGUGAGACAAACGAACCGCCAGCAGCCCAGCCCCAGUUCUGUCAUGUUGUCCCUAACGUUGUGGAGCGUCUCACACACUCGGACAGCGUCUGGGGGGAGAGUCCUGUCCUCAGUACGGCCUCCAGCAGAGCAGCCGAUGAGGCCGCCCCGAGGCCAGCCUCUGUGGUUCCUCUACCGCUACAGAGGGCCCCACUCUGCCCCCAGGGAGACGCCCCCCCCGCUCAGCCACACAGCCUGCCCAACGGCACCACGGUCCCACCGCCGGACGCCAUGGGCCAGAGCAACAAGCUGAGGUUCAAGCGGCCCCCACCGCGGCCACCGAGUCUGUGUGCCGGGUCGCCGGCCGGGCCGCCCUGUGGCGCGGCGGGGGGGGCCGGGCCGCCCGGUGGCGUCGCUAGCCCUUCGGCCGUGGGAGAGGAGGCACGCUUUGAGGAACUGCUGAAAGAGGCGAGGAAGACGGAGCCCCCGCUGUCGCCCCCUCCUCCAUCAAGACCUCCUGUCCCGUGGCAGGCCAGACCCCCGCCCUGCCAGCCCCCGGCCCCGCCGCGCCGCGCCUCCCCAAACACGGCUCCUGGUGGAGGCGCCGAGGGCCCCAUGGGGGAGGAAGGAGAGGGGGCAGGACAGGAGCAGAGAGCGUCAGGCUCCCCCACCAUCGGGGACCUGCUCCAGCUGGAGGCCCCUGCUCACAGCAGCCAGACAGACGGACGGACAACAGAGGAGAGGGAAGAAGAAGGAGGGAAGGAGAGAGAGGAGGAAGAGGGAGGGCUGAGCACCACCUCUCCAUCCCUGCCCUCCCAGUCAUCAUGCAAGAGGCCCCCUCGGCCGGUCCCGCCUCCACGUAGGAAGCAGGCCCCCAAGCCCCCCGAACCGGCAGGAGGAGCGGGGUUGACCGCCAAUCAGUGUGCAGCUGUCAGAGCGGCCCCGCCCUCGUCCGUGCGGAGGCCCGACGUGUCGCUGUACUCGCCACAGGGUGGCGCCGCAGUGGGAGCCGACCCCGACUCCUGCUCUCCAAGCAGCUCAGAGGAAGACCCCGGGGAGGUGGGCCACGGGGAAGAGCACAACCAAAGCCAGAGGUCCGAUAGCCACGCCUCUAGUAAGGCUGCGGUGAAGAGGACGCCGACCACCGUGAUGCUGGGCCGCGCCCGCCACCGCCUCUCCUCCGUGCUGACGGGGCUCAUGAGCCACGACGUCCGCCUCACGCAGCGCAUCGUGGAGCUGGCCAGAGACCCAAUCAGUUACUUUGGCAAUCUGGUCAAAGAGCACCGCACCUUCACGCUGGAGACCAUGACCCGUCACUCGUCCACCACAGAGCUGCUCCAGGAGAUCAGGACCAUGAUGACCCAGCUGAAGAGCUACCUGCUGCAGAGCACCGAGCUGCAAGGCAUGCUUGAGCCACAGCACCAGUACACACACGACAAGCUCGAGAGCAUAGCAGAAGCGGCGCUGUGUAAGAGUGUGUUGAAGCCCCUGAGGGAGUCCAUCUACCUCCGCCUGGAGACGCUGCACUCAGAGGACGGCAGCACGCAGCGCCUGGUCCACAACCAGUCCUCAGUUCUGGGCAGCACCACCACAGCGCUUGGAGUGACCACCGCAGUCCCAGAGGCGCCGGCCAUGGAGAAGAUCAACGUGAAGCUGUGCAGCCUCCACCUGGAGUACUCCCCCCAGAGGAAGAUCCAGCUGCUGCUGAAGACCUGCAAGAUCAUCUACGACUCCAUGGCCGUCAGCAGUCCAGGGCGGGCCCACGGUGCUGACGACUUCCUCCCUGUAAUGAUGUACGUCUUGGCCAGAUCAAAGCUCGCCCAGCUAAGGCUGGAUGUGGAGUAUAUGAUGGAACUAAUGGACCCGUCUCUGAGUCUAGGAGAAGGGUCCUAUUACCUGACCACCACCUACGGGGCUCUGGAGCACAUUAAGACCUUCGACCAGCAGAGGGCGGCGACGCGGCAGCUCAGCAGAGAGGUUCAGGACUCCAUCAACCGCUGGGAGAGACGGCGCACCCUGAACAAAGACCGCAUGUCCCAGGGCUCAGUGCAGGACUUUCUCACAGUGUGCUGCCCAGAGGUCGGGUCCAACCCCAGGGCUCUUGGCGUUCUCCCGGGCACCAGCAUCCAUGAGUUGACUGCACAGUGCGCCUCACGCUUUGAACAAGACUCCUACAUUAUCAGUUUGUUUAUGGACGGCCUCAUGCGGCCCCUGGCACCGACAGAGCUGGCUCUGGGGGUGAAGAACAGCCUACCGCCAGGGGGCUACUGUUUUGUGUUCCACCCAGCCCACCUUAUAGCUGAUAUCCAGACCGAUAUCGUUCCCCCUGUGGAUCCCAAACAGGUCCUCGAUAGUGAUGGUCCUGGGGAAACUGGGAACCAGGACGACACAAAAUCGGUUGUGACAUUGGACGACGCUAUUCAGGAGCAAGCAGGGGAAAGUCUGAUCACUUUGUAACUCUUUGGAAGGGCUUCAACAAACAAUUUAUAUUGGCACAGUAUUACAACAUCAUCACUGUUUACAUUGUAUACAUAUGGAAAGCCUAUUUCUGCCUAGGUUUCUAAACAUAAUGGCAAACAGAACAGCGAAAAUGUGGAAUAACUCCUUCCUAUUAUCCUCUUUCUAAAUUCAUGUUUUCAAUGUUACAAACUCCAAAGUUCUCAAAGCAAAUGCCAUAGCAUAAAAGUUGAAAAUAUACACACACAAUAUGUACAGUAAUAUUACAUUAACAUCUACGAUGCUCUGUUCUUAAACAUUAAACAGUUGCGAGAAACUUGUUGCAACAAGAACAUUUAGAGAGAGAAAAAAAAAAAAGUUAAUGUGAAACAUUGUUCAAUCAUUUUAUUGUAACAUGUUUAUAAAGUUAAGAAAAGUAGAAAUACUACGAGCUGGGAACUCCAUAAUCAAUCUUUCACUAUGUUUAUGUAAAUAAAUUGUUACGUUUUCCCUA